UAAGCGAGUGAAGGAAAACAGUUGGGAGAAUGGAAGCUCUUCUCAGCACCACAACUCUCUGUCUCUCCUCCUCUAAAGCUAAGCCAGCAACUAUACUACCACCACACUCUCCUCUCAGAUCAGCUUUCUCUUUCUCCUCUUGUUUCGAAGAAUCUAUCAACCGAAGGAUUAGUUCAUCAUCAUCUCCUUCUCUUCCUCUCAGACUCAAAGUCUCUGCUAAUUCCCAAGCUACUCCUGCUUCCUUGGAGACAUCUGCAACUUCUCCCAUACCCUCUGAAAUGAAGGCUUGGCUUUAUGGAGAGUACGGGAGCGUUGACGUUCUCAAAUUCGAUUCCAAAGUUUCGGUGCCUGAUGUGAAGGAGGAACAGGUGCUGCUUAAGGUUAUCGCUGCGGCGCUUAACCCUGUUGAUUCCAAGAGGAGACAGGGAAAAUUCAAGGCUACUGACUCUCCUCUGCCUACUGUUCCAGGCUAUGAUGUUGCUGGUGUGGUGGUAAAGGUGGGUAGCCAAGUGAAGAGCCUAAAAGAAGGGGAUGAAGUUUAUGGGAACAUCAAUGAGAAGGCUCUGGAAAACCCUAAGCAGUUUGGCUCGUUUGCAGAAUACACUGCUGUUGAGGAGAAACUGUUGGCUCCAAAACCUAAGAAUCUGGAUUUUUUUCAGGCCGCUGGCCUUCCUCUUGCCAUCGAGACUGCUCAUGAGGGUCUGGAAAGAGCUGGAUUUUCUGCUGGUAAAUCUAUUCUUGUAUUGGGUGGUGCAGGUGGAGUUGGAAGCUUGGUAAUUCAGCUAGCAAAGGAGGUAUUUGGUGCAUCAAAAGUUGCUGCUACCUCUAGCACUGGAAAACUGGAGCUGUUGAAGAGCUUAGGUGCUGAUUUGGCCAUUGACUACACCAAGGAGAACUUCGAAGACCUACCGGAGAAAUUUGAUGUGGUAUUUGAUGCAGUUGGGCAAUGUGAUAGAGCAGUGAAAGUGGUGAAAGAAGGGGGGAGUGUUGUGGUUCUAACAGGCGCUGUUACUCCACCUGGUUUCAGAUUUGUAGUCACCUCCAAUGGAUCUGUGUUGAAGAAACUAAACCCAUUUCUAGAAAGUGGGAAGGUGAAGCCAGUAGUUGAUCCCAAGGGGCCAUUUCCAUUCUCCCAGACUGUUGAAGCAUUUUCUUAUGUUGAAACAGGCAGAGCUACCGGAAAGGUGGUUGUUCAUCCAAUUCCAUGACAAAAUGAAUCCAUAUUGAGCAAUGUAAUUAACCAUAUUAUCCUUCCUACCUGAAUCUACUACCACUUAAAACAUCAAGAGGCUUAAGGAUUGUUGUAUAUGU